AUGAAUGCUCUAGUCCGCGAGAGCUUGUUUGGACGCCUUUCGAAUUUUUUGACCAAUAACAAGUUCUUUCCAUACCCUGAACUUGAAGCGCCUAAGAUUAAAGCGCUGCCAGUGUCAGCUUCAGUCUCAGCUACAUCGAGCACUUCGACGGCGCCCGAGCCCAUCCAACAGUUUCUGAUUGAAUUCUCAGGUCCCAAUGACCCGGACACACCCAGGAACUGGUCAAAAUUAGCAAAGACGCUCGUCAUGUUGGAUGUGAUGUUCCUGAACUUCAGCUUCUAUGCCGCAUCAGCAAUUUUUACACCGAGUAUUACUGGUAUCGAGGAGCAACUCGGCGCCACCACCGCUGAAGGAACUCUAGGGCUAUCGCUCUUUGUCAUUGCCUAUGGCAUCGGACCCUUGUUUUUGUCUCCUCUGUCAAACCUCCCAGCUAUCGGACGUACACCGGUGUAUGUCCUGGGAUCUCUUGUCUUCUGUCUGUUCAACAUCGGCACCGCUCUUGGAAAGAACAUUGAAACUAUCCUCAUACUCCGAUUUUUUGGUGGCUUCUUUGGAAGCGCCCCAAUAAGCGUUGGAGGGGCAACUCUGAUGGAAGUAUACGGCCCGAGCGAAGUGCCGUAUGCUAUUGCUUUAUAUGCAGUAAGCGGAGUUUGUGGGCCGAUUUUAGGACCGGUAUGCCAUCCGUUCUACCAUCAAACAUGA